GCCGACAUUUCUGCACAACCAACUCGGCACCAUCAGAAGCCACACCUUAAAAAGUAAUAAAUAUUCGUUUCAGAAAAUUUAUAUUACAGCGAGUGAAAGUGAGUAAAAAUUCCUUUGGUAAACUUUAUGAGAAUGCAGUAAUCAAAUAAUCAUACGCUAAAAUCUUAAUGAUUGAGCCAAUAAUUGGAGAAGAACCUGGGCAUGAAACUGCCACUAGAUUUCGACAAGGUUUCGUGUGUGGAUGACAGGAACGAACCACGUACUCGUGGGCUUGUAGGAAUAAUACUAAUUUUAGGUGUGGAUAGGUUUUAUGUAAAUAAGUGUUACGUACAUAUAUUGAGACCUACGACGAAAUGGGUCACGAAUUCUCGAUACCUUCCCCAGUCGCUGGCACUGGAUCGGAACUAUCUUCGUCGCCUCCCCUAGACGUGUCCACAUCCCGCCUAACUUUGGAAUCGUGCAUUGGCGACGGUACAUUUGGGCCCGUAUUCAAAGCAAGGGAUAUAAAAAGUAAGUCUCCUGUCGCUGUGAAGUUCAUGCUCCCAACCUUAUGGUCAGAAAAAGGAGAGCGAUACUUUACAUACAAACUUGACACUUCAAAAGAUCUCGAUCCACAUGAAAAUGUCGUGAAAACACUGGCUGUGACUAGGAAUCAAUUUAGCUUCGACGAAAUCAAAAUGCUUCUCUGUUCAGAUUUGUUAAAUAGUGAAAAGCGACACGAGCUAAGAUCCAAAUAUUUCGGUCAGUUGUCGGAAUCUCCUAUAGUUGAGGUAGUUUGUUUCGAAAUGGAACUCUGCGGUAAAGAUUUGCGACAGUGGAUAACGAAACAAAUAAACGACCCUGACGAUAACCUUCUACGCCAACAAAUCGUUAUUAUUCAAAACAUCAUAGCAGGAUUGGAGCACUUACAUAGGAACAAAAUUAUGCAUAAAUACUUCAGAUCGGAACAUGUAAUAUUUUCCAGCUUUGAAUUCGCACUUCCCGUGAAAAUCAGAGGGUUUAACAAUAUCGACCACAAUAAUUGGAUGGAAUGGAGCAAAAUUAAAUUGCGAAAAUAUGCGUUCUCGUUGGGAUUGGUAAUCUGGGAAGUGGCUCAGCUCCUUAAAUUCAGCGACAGCAGGAAGUUUUUCAAUCAACUUGUAAAUAAUGGCAAUGAAGGCUUAAUUACACUGCAUCCAAAUAUUAAAGUGCUCCGGCAUUUGAUCACAGCUUUAAUAGGGAAAACAGUUAAGGACAAGCUUCAAAAUAUGGAACAAGUCAGAAAAUUUCUUGCGAAUUGGGAAUUCAAAUACGACUCAAUCUUACACAAAUACAUGACAGCAAGUAAUGUUAUCGAGCUGAACACAUGCCUGGAAGACGCUGGUUCAGGAUCAAUUAUAACCUUAGAUGAGGGAGAAUACGUUGGUGCAUUUAUCGUGAAAGGUGACAACAUCACCGUAACUGGGAAAGGACAAUUGACCAUUAUUGACAAUAAUAAUGACUCGCCCGGUCUCAUCAUUGAGGGGAAAGAUCACGUCAUUUCAAGCAUGUCAAUCAGAGUGGUAUGGGUUCAAGUCACAGUUGCUUAAACGUGUUAGGAGAUGGAAAGUAUCUGGCAAACAAAAUAAGUUUGACAAUUUAAAUAUUUCUGAUUGCAUUCACGCAAUGGUUAUAGACGGUCCAGGUACGGUGGUAGAUAGAAUAAAACUGAAGCUACCUUUCAGUGUGAUUGCAUCAACCCGGAACAGUACAUCAAAUGAUACGGAGGCGGAAGGUUGGCCAAGCUUAGAAGGCCGCAAGUUUCCCAACAUUUACGACCUAGAUUAUAAAGGCUGCCUAGGAGGAGGAAGUUUUGGCCUUGUUGUGCACGCUAUCGACAGAUCCGAUGAUUAUUCUUGCGCCAUGAAAUUUAUAUUUCCACCGGAAAUAUUUGUUUCGAACGGGCCAGAUUGGAAGUCGAUUAUGCGAGAGUGCAAAAUCGCGAUAGAACUUGAACCACAUCCUAACCUUGUCAGGAGCUUUGGAGUAGUCAUGAGGCGCAUAUCUGUGGAAGAGUAUAAUACAAUAUUUCCAUCCAAUUUUAUGACCAGUGAGGAAACACGCAGACUUCGAGCGAUCCACUUGGAUCGGGUAGAUCGAGUUGAAAAAAUUCCGGCAAUUUGCAUCACGAUGGAAAUCUGUGGCGAGAAUUUAAGGCAAUGGCUUAACGAGACCCAAGAUGCCCCUCAAAUACGUCAUCAACAAUUGGUAAUUAUCAGGAAUAUGGUGUCUGGGCUUAAGUACUUGCACGACCGCAGAAUACGCCAUUGUGACUUGAAGCCUGAAAAUGUUUUAUUUACUAAUGAAGAAUACAACCUCCCGGUAAAAAUUGGCGAUUUCGGUCUAUCUAGAAUUACUAAUUCUUUUGAGGUAACUACAACAGCAAGUGACUUUGGCACACGAGAAUACAUGGCUCCUGAAACACUGGGCACAAAGACAUAUUAUGAUCAAUCCGACCUUUUCUCGCUGGGCCUUGUCAUUUGGGAAGUUGCUCAGCUCAUUAAAUUCAAUAAGAGGAGGAAGUUCUUUGAUAGGCUUGUUAACGAUCAAAAAGUCGGCUUGAUUAAAUUGCAUACCGAAAUUGAAGACGUCCGUGAGCUAAUUAUAGGCUUAACGAAAAGAGAUAUGGCUGAGCGAGUUCAAAGUAUCACCGACGUCGCUCAGGUAGUUGAGAAAUGGAAGCUGACUUGAUAAUUGCCUUUGUCUACACAGUAUGCCAUGUUGUUUUGACCCUGCGUAUCACAUGCAGCAAGACAACGAUUGAUUUCAAUUUAAGACACAUAUUUUCACUAAAACAUUAAUUACAAUACCAAAUGUACAUAUUUUUGUAAUUAUUGUGCUCCAUUUAAUUAUUAAAACAGAUACAUAGCCAACUAUAUAUAUUCAGGUUAAGUCUUAAUUUCCGAUAGGGACAAUUUUGUGAGGCGCUGGUCGUUUACCUCUUUUUAAAAAAUUAUAUAUGUAAAAUGAUAAUAAAUCUAGGAACAUUGUUACAUCAAUAUAAUCAACAUAUUACGUUAAACAUAUUUUCGUGUUUGAUUAAUUAAAUACAAAUUUGGUCAUUUGAUGAGAA